ACCAGCGGGCAACUCCGCGAGACAAACCGAGCAUAUCCAUGAGGGGCCAACCGCCGCUGUCAGCUGAAGCAGCAGCAGCCCUGUAACCAGCUCGACAUCCGGAAGGCACGAAAGUCAAUUUGAGAGCGGCGCAACAUGAAUCGAUUCAAGACAUCCAAAUACAAAAACACCACCCCGAAAAUCGGCAAGAAAGAUGAAUGGAUCAACAAUGUCCGCGGUGGUUCCUUUUCCUGCCAGGGGAACCACAUCAAAGCAAGCUCCGAGCUGGUGGCUUUUAAUACAGAGCAGGCUGGUGGAGGCAUGCUUGGUUUGACCUCAGUCAGACCUGGUUCUGAUGGGCAAUGGACGGUCACCCACAUUUCUUGCCAUUCUGAUCUUGUGACUGAUAUGGACUUCAGUCCUUUUGACGAAUAUGUCCUGGCAACCUGCUCCGGAGAUGAAACGGUGAAGCUCUGGUACUUGUGUGAUCCGGAGCAGCAGCAGCCAAGCGAUCCGAUGCUGACUCUACAUCCGGGUCAGGGGAGGCUGGAGCUGCUACAGUUUCAUCCCACCAGCUCUGGCCUUCUGGCUGUCGGCACCACAAAGUCUGCUCUGAUUUGGGACACCAACCGAAAAGAUGCACCGCUAGCAGCUUUGGAGCAGCAUGGAGACCAGAUGCAGAGUCUGAGCUGGAAACGGGAUGGAUCCCUGCUGGCAUCCUCCUGCAAGGACAAGAUGUUGCGGGUUUUUGAUCCUCGUGCCCAGCUGACACCUGUGCAGAGUGCCAAAAGCCUUCAGAGCAACAAGGAUUCUCGUAUCCUGUGGGCCAUGGAUGACCUUUUAGUGACCACUGGCUUUGAUAUGAUGCGUAGUCGUGAGGUGAGACUUUGGGACAGCCGGAAGCUGAGCUCUUCUAUCAGUUCUGCAUCGCUCGGCACCUCCAGUGGAAUGCUGAUCCCACUCUUUGAUGAAGACACUGGUCUGCUCCUCAUUGCUGGCAUGGGAGAAACUGUGAUCGAUUGCUUUGAGAUCUCUUCCUCUGACCCUUCACUCUCUCAAGUGAGUCACUGUCUGUUGGAUAAUUCAACUCGAGGGGUUGCCAUGGUUCCCAAGCUGGCGUUAGACGUCAUGUCCUGCGAAGUGAUGCGUGCGCUCCAGCUGACUGACAGCUGCGUCGUGCCGAUUAGCUAUCAAGUUCCCCGCAAGAAUUCUGGCUACGAGUUUCAAGAAGACCUUUACCCUGAUACCGCAGGAACGACUCCUGCCAUGUCUGCAGAGGAGUGGUGGCAGGGAGGCAACAAACAGGUGAAGAAAGUCAGCCUCCAUCCAGACAAACAACCCAAACCCCCAGCAAAGCAGGCACCUGUGAUGAAGGACAAACCCAGUGAGGGGAGCAAAGAUGGUCAUCCUCGCGGCAGCUCCACAUCCAGCAGCCCUCUGAGCACUCCCAGCAGCAGCGCUGUCCCAUCCCGCUCCCCUUCCUCCACCUCUGGCCUCUCUUCUGGUUUUCUCCCCAGUCCAAGUCAGGGUGCUAAAGCGAUCCAGAACCUGAUGGGACCAACAUCCAAGUUCCGUCACAUCGCGGGGGCGGUGAAGCACAGGGACACGCACAUCACCAACAUCCGCGGCCUUAACCUGACCACGCCUGGAGAGUGCGACGGCUUCUGUGUGAACCGCCAGCGAGUGGCAGUGCCGCUCUCCAUCUCCGGCGGCCAGAUCGCUGUGUUGGAGCGCUCCCAGCCUGGGAAGUUACAAGACACGGGCAUGCCCACCAUCCAGAACUCUGUGAACGUGGCCGACUUUUCUUGGGAUCCCUUUGACUCUCAUAGGCUUGCAGUGGCUGGAGACGAUGCUAAGAUCCGAGUGUGGCGGGUACCAGAGGGUGGGCUGAAAGAGACGCUAACUGAGCCUGAGCUCAUUUUGCAAGGGCACACAGAGAAGAUCUACUCCAUUAAAUUCCACCCUCUGGCCAGCGAUCUCCUGGUUUCCUCAUCGUAUGAUCUGUCAGUUAGACUGUGGAAUCUGGCGAGCGGAGAACAGGUCAAACUUUUCUCCGGACACCAGGACCAGGUGUUUGGCAUGGCGUGGAGUCCUGACGGUAAGCUUCUUGCCACAGUUUGCAAGGAUGGGAAAGUCCGCAUUUAUGAUCCUCGCAAGUCGACUGAUCCAGUGCAGGAGGGUCCAGGUCCUGAGGGUCACAGGGGAGCUCGUGUGGUGUGGGUUUGUGACGGCAAAUACCUGCUGGUGUCAGGAUUUGACAGUCGCAGUGAGAGAGUGCUCUACCUGUACUCUGCAGACGCGCUGUCCUCCGGGGUCGUAGCCAGCACUCCUGUAACCGUCUCCCCCUCCACACUCAUCCCAUUCUACGACCCUGACACAAGCGUUGUCAUCCUCACUGGAAAAGGUGACACCAGAGUGUACAUCUAUGAGGUAGUCCCUGAAGAGCCCUACUUUAUUGAAUGCAGCAGUUUUAACUCCCCUGAGCCUCAUAAGGGAUUGGCUUUUCUGCCGAAGACUGAGUGCAACGUACGCGAUGUGGAGAUAGCCGUUGGACUGAUGCUCACCAAGACGACCAUAGAGCCUGUGGCCUUCAGAGUGCCCAGAGUCAAAAAAGAGUUUUUCCAGGAUGACCUGUACCCAGACACAGCCGUGUGGUGGGAGAGCGCGCUGACGGCCUCUGCCUGGCUCUCCGGCUCCAACGGUCAGCACAAGAAGAUCAGCCUGAAGCCUAAAGACAUGACUCCAGUGAGUGAGGCCCCCAAAGAGGCCCCGGUGAGGAAAUACCUGCCUUCAUCUGUUUACUUGGAGGAAAAAACCGACGAGCAGAAAAAAGAGGAGCUGCUGAGUGCCAUGGUGGCUAAGCUGGGAAACAUGGACGACCCGCUGCCUCAGGAGUCAUUCCAGGGGGUCGAUGAGGACGAAUGGGAUGAUUAAAGAGGAAACCUUCAUCUCUGGUUCAUGGUGCCAACAGAAGAAGGGAGAGGAAAGCUCUAGAGAUGCCAUUUCUGUGUGCCACCCAGCAAACCUCAGAGUUUUUGGGAUAGAUCACUGCAGCCCACUGAACAUAUACAAUCACAAAGCACAAUUUAACAAAAAAAAAAGAUAUCACACAUUCCUGUUCUAGUGCUGUAUGUGGUAAAAGUUUCAGAAACUCAGAACUUAUGUGGUGUAGUUGAUGUUGUUAGUGAAAUAACUGGUUCUGUUUUUGCUUAUGUAUCUUUGUGGGAUCUAUUUGGAUUUUAAAAAAUCAUUGUUUACUGUGUUAGAGAAAAAAAUGACCUAACAACAAAACUAAAAUUAUUAAUACGGAACUCUUAAUAACUAAUUAUCUUUCUUGGCACACUGACAGCAAACUGUUAAGUUAAAAAA